GAAUCGCUACUCUGUUGUUGACAAUGUAUACCAGCUUUUGACAGUUUUCUCCAGUAGUGAAACAAAUGGCAUGAGUGACAAGAGUGGAAUGCCAGUUGUAUGGCGAUGCUCAAUGGUGGAUAGUAACGCUAAUUUAAAUACUUCCCAAUAAAGUUGUCCAUUGUUUACGAAUGUGUUAUGUUUUGUGGCAGUUGCAGGCGUGUAACUUGAGGAAGUGGGGGGUCGGGUUGAGUGCUGUGGAGUGCAGAGGAUGACCAGUUGGGCCGAGAGGAUGCACCGGAGAGCCACCACCCUUGGGAGUGUGGUUACUUCUUGCGGCCAUGGAUCUGGUCCAUAUCCUCACAGGCUUGAAAAGGUCAAAUUCGGAGUUCCUCUAGACGAAGUCUGCAAGAAUGACAUUCCUGGCCCCCUUCUCGUAUUAAUACUUAAAUUGAACAAGGAAGCACCGUAUAAGAAAGAUGUUUUCCGAGCACCAGGCCACCAAGGCAAUAUGAAAAAACUGAUACAUUUUCUCCAAACUGGCCGGUUAGUCAACAUGGACAACUUCUCAGUGUAUACAAUUGCGUCCGUUCUCAAAAAGUUCCUGCGAAAGCUACCUGGAGGAAUAUUUGGGCGUGAAGGUGAACAGCGUUUAUUUACUGUCAUUGACAUGGGAAACAAGGAAGAGCAACGAGAUGAGAUACACAGGCUUAUUACAUCACUUCCUGAACAUACACAACGAUUGCUUGUUCUUCUUUUUGGAACAUUUCGUGUCAUUGCAACUAAUGCAGAGCGUGCUCGCACUGGCAUGACGUCAGAAGCACUUGGCGUUUCUGUUGCCCCUAGCUUCUUUCAAAGUUGUGUUAGUGAUGGAAAAACAGCAAAAAUGGAAGAUGUUAUGAGGUUCAAGGUGGCAACAAGAAUAAUGAAAUUUCUAAUCGACAAUUUUGGAGUUAGCAAUUUGUUUGGACGUGAAAACUAUGAAUUUUAUGCACGUAUCACAGGAAGGAUUUUGAAGGUUGAAGACGACUGGAUAUUUAGUUUCCGUUACCCUCCAGAUACACUAGCAUCACCUAUAUCGCAUCAAGAAGAAAGCCAAUCUACUCCUGCCUUGAUACAUGUGCCAGAGGGGUUUGACUCCACAGCACCAUCCACCUCCCUUGGCAUUAUUCCAGAAAAUAAUCUUCUCGAGAGCUAUACAAGACUCUCUAUAAGCCUUGAAGAAAAUGGUCUCUUUAAGGGUUCAAGCCGUUCAUCUUCAAGUAGUGCUACUACAAGCAGACAUAUGACACUAGAAGAACUUCGAGCAGUGAAUCGCUAUGCAGAGAGCACUAAAAGCCUUUCCUACCUCCCUCAGGUGCACGAACGCCAGACAGCGAGGAUGAGGACACGUUCGGAAUGGUUCCUGUCUCCAUCUGGGGGCCGGCUGGUGCAAUGCUCGCUGGACAGCAGUGACAUUGGUACCACACAUUUCGUCUUACGUGGCUCCAAUAAUCGCUCUCCUUCAGGUAGUAGAGGUGGGUUGGGAUUGAGCGCAAGUGCGGAGUCUCUUAAACGACCUAAUGUCCGUCGUUCAUCAAGCCGUGGUGAGAAGUCACGCCAUCAUCUACAUCGUAGUUCAAGUCGGCGUAAGAAUAAAGAAAAUGGUGCUAAACAGCAACAGCAGCAUUUGCAGCAGGGAUCACCCCAGCAGUCACAACAACCACAGCAUCUUCAUCAACAGCAGCAGCUGUCUUUGUCUCCAUCUUCACAACAGCGUAAGACUGAAGAGGGCUCACGUCCCAUUAGCAUGGCUGAAAUGCACACAGUACAUGUCACAUUAACGUACAAACCUCGUAUUUAAGACUACAUUUUGCUCAGAGAGUAUAAGUGAUUUAUACUUGUGAGUUCAGGAAAAGUAUCUUUUUGUGCAGCUUUGAGAUUUGGGAACUGUUGAUCACUCUUUGUUGAUACAUUGCAGAUUUUACAGCUGCAUGUGGAAAUGAGUAGUGUGAAGUGGAUUUAGUAGUGGAACAUUUACUUAGAAAUAAUUUAUAUUCCAAUAGAUGUUACAGUAGGUUAUGAAAGUAAAGUGUUAGAUGUGACAGAUGUGAGACUUAGGUAGCUCACUGAUUUUCAGCAAAGCUCAAAACCUGUAUACAAUCUGCUCUCUCCCCCCUCCCCUCCCUUCUCUUCCCCUCUUCCUCCCCCCCCCCCCCUCUCUCCCUGUGUGUGUGUGUGUGUGUGUGUGUGUGUGUGUGUGUGUGUGUGUGUGUGUGUCGGUGCCAAAUUGUCUGCAAAGGAAGAGGUGGAGAACAAGAAUUAGAACAACAAUGUUUAAGGACCAACUAACCUAAGUCAUCUAACAGUAGUUGUGUGCAGCUAAUCAUCUCAAUUAAUUAAUGCUUGGAAAGGAAAGCAUGGUAUGCCUGAUAUACACUGUAACAUGCAUGUUUUUAUUUUCUCAUGUUAUACAUAUGUGUAAGCAAUUGUUUGAUUGUUGCAUUUUCCCCACAAAUUUCCUCUUAUUAAAAUUUGGGCAGCUGUGUGUCUCACAACCCCACAGUAUUUUUGCGCAUUAACGGUGUGUAUCAUGUAUCUUAUGACUGAAGCUAUGUCUUCUGCCUGAUUGAACAUUUCUUGCCUUUUUAGAUCUGUAUACAUUAAUUUUCCUCUUUAUUUCAUUGUACUCUUUCAUUAUUUAUAAAUACCUGAAUGUGCCUUGUUGGAAUUGCGAAUAUGUUCUCAGUUUUGGUAAAAGAAGUAUUUUAUACAUUGAAUGUUUUGGCUAUGUCUUUUUAUGCAGUAUUAUGUUAUAGUAAUGUGCCAAAGACUGUACAUGUGCAACCUAACAACCCCGUGCUUAUGUGGCAGCUGUACUUUUUCACUAUAUAUGUUAAUUCCUGUUUAUAGCACAAUGCUUUAACUUAUAUGUUGAGAUGCACAUUAUUUUUCAUCCUAUUUGCUUGUAAUAACUCAUUCUAAACUUCCAGUACAAGAUGUUCACUCUCAUGAGUUAUUAUUGAUUUACAUCAUAUUAUUCAGAUGGUUUGAACCAUUACUGCCCAUAACAUUGCAAAAUAUGAGUUUAUAUAAACAUGGUACUAUUGAUUAUGAACAUUACAAAAUGUACACUAUAAACAAAAAAAGAUUUUUGUCGUUUUGUAAUGUUGGUCAAGAUAUUUUACUCACAUAGUGUUCAUAGAUAGAAAGAAGUCAUUAAUUAGAGCAAUUAUAAAGACAUGAUUAAUAACUUUUGAAAUAAAACACACUAUAUUUGUGAGAUUUGUUGCAGCUACUGAGUAAAUGAUACUAUCUUCUUGAAAAUGUUGUUAUCCUGGAAACAAAUUCAGCAACAAUCUGUGAUGAGAGUGGGAAAAGUGGUGAAACAGGCAGGAUAUUCUAGAAGGAGAGAAGUUGUGUCUGCAUUGUAUGUUACAUGACAGUUAUAAGAUGAUAUGAGUUACUGUAUUGAGCAUCCUUCUGCAUAUAGAUAAAAGUUUCUAAGUAUGGUCUUGUGAUAAAUUAAAAAUGAAUGUCAAUAAGGCAGCAUUUUUAUUUAGUCUUUGGUUAAAUGGAAUUUAGAAUAGAAUAUUUUAUUUUAGCGGCUGAUAGCUUUUUCAUAGCCCUUCCUCAAGGCUGAUUAAUUUUGAAUAUUAAGAUAGUGACCUAAUGAUAUUAUUACUGUUCAGACCUUGAAAUGCAUUCAAAAUCUUGAUAUAGACACGCAUUAUUUUAUUCUUGUCAUAAUGUGUAAAAUAUGUUAAAAGGGGUGUCAUUCAAAUGCAAAGUAGUAAAAUGAUACAAAAAGAGGCCUAUCAGUGAUAUAGAAUACGGUAGUGGUACUGUUUGUAAUGAUGUAUUGCUAGUAUCUGUGCCAAAAAUGAGAGAAAGAGAGCAGUGCUGUCGUGCAAUAAGAAAAUCAAAAUGUAAGCAGGUAUGAAAUUCAGGACAUAUAAUGCCUUAAAUUCUGACAAAUAUCAGGGUGAAGUAUUUUUGGUGGUGUUUUUCGUUUUAUCAAGUUUUUAUUGAAGUUUGAGUGGAAGAUAAUAAUUGAUGUUACUUUCAAAAGGAGAGUGUAAAACUUGAAUAAGGCUACAAGGAUUUGUAUAAAAAGUUUAAAGUGAAAUAACACGUAUUGAAUGUAGUUGUCAUUGAUGGAGUAGUAAAGAAGCAAUAAGUAGCAGUGAUUCUCUCUCUCUCUCUCUCUCUCUCUCUCUCUCUCUCUCUGUCUCUCUCUCUCUCUCUCUCUCUCUCUCUCUCUCUCUCUCUCAGAAAGAAAUAUUGCAUUGCUUGAAAGACUAACUUGAAUCCGUGUAUCAUCUUUAAAAUUUAGUUGACACUUGAAUUUUUUUUCCAUUCUUCAUUUACAGUUACUGAAACAAAUAGCUCUCUUUGUAGCACAGUUGACUGAGUAAUUGUCUGUAGUACACCAUUUCUACAACAACUGCUUCUUUUAUCAAGGGAACCGAGAAAAUGCAAAACACAGUGUAAUGUGCAAAAUAACCCAGAAUUAAUUUUUAGUCCAUGCAUGCAGUUUUUUUCCAGCCAUUGAAAGAAUGUAACAAAGUAUAUAAUUAGAAAUAACAGAUGUUACAGAUUUAAGAAAUGGAAUAAAACACCAUAAAGUAGAAAAGUAGUUUUCUAAAUAUUAUUUAUGGACCACAGAAGUCAUUCAUUACCUAUAAAUGUUUGUAUACAAUAAAUAGGUAUGUGAAAAAAGUAUGAAAAGUUGGCUGCAUUCAGUGCUUGAUACAUGUUAAAAAACAAGGGGAAUUUAUCUCCUUUUAGUAUUCUAUGUUCCUGCCAUAUCCUACUACAUAUGCCAAUAAGAAAGGGGGGAGGGACAUGUUUUAGUAGUUUCCAAGUAACUAUCCAGGUUUAAAUUUGUUUGUAGGUCUACAAAAAAACUUAAAUCUUUCAUUUAAUCUCAAAUGAAAUUGCAUUUCUAAAGGUCAUUGCAGUGAUGGACAAGGAACUACUUGUUACGCACUUUCUUACUCGAUGUUUGAAAUGCAUUGUUCAGAAUAAGUUUUGUGGUGUGCUAUAGUAAUAUUAGCUGUAUGAGAUGCUGGCUAGGUAUUUGUUUGACAUCCUCUGAUAUAGCUGAUUCAAAACUAGAGAUCCAAGAGAGGGAAAAAAGGAUUCAAAACAGUAAAUUUCUUUUUAACUUGGUAUCAUCUUGAAAACCCUAUAGCCAAAGAUUAAUUGCAUCAACACAGGAAGAAAGGUGUUUCAUUUUUAAUUAUGAUCAGUUUCUCAAUGAUCCAUAAAUUACACAUAUUACAAAUAUUUGCAUGCAUAAGGGAGAGCAGAAGAGAGAUUCUUGUGAUACACUUGAACAGCAGGUUUAUUUCUUGAAAUGUUUUUAAAAUAGUAGGAAACUGUAAACAUAUUAUUAAAGUAUACAGGAGAUGGAAUUAUUACUGGGUGUAAAGCCCAAGAAAGAAAAAGGAUAUGUUUUGUUAGUAGAAUGGUGAGUUGUGAAGUGUAACGCUUAUUACAUUUAAUUCAUGUAGUGUCAAAAAUUUGUAAUAGAGUCAUAUAAAAGUCUUAAUGGCACAACAGUUGGUAUUUUUAGUUGCUAAACUUUUUAAAUUUGCAUUAAUAAUAUGUCGGUGACUUUGCUGUCAUUAUUGACCAUAUUAGAGGAAAUAUUAAAUGAAAAACAACAAAUUGAAAUAAUACCAGCCAUUUUUACCAAUAAAUCUGCCAUCUUCAUUUGCAGACCUCCAUUUCUGAACUGUGGAAUUUCACAAAAAUACUGCAGUUUCAGAAUGUGGAUUCAUUUAGAUGUGAAUAAAAGUGCUAAUGAUGUAUAUAUUCUAGACGAGGCAAAAGAAUUUAAUCUGUGUGAUGUAAAUGUGGUUUUUCUUAUCCUAGUAUCAGUUAUAGAUUUAGAACAGUGUAUUGUGGGGAAAUGUAAACAUUAUGGUGUGUUCCAAAAUAAAUUCCAUUCGUGUCCAUUAGUAUUAAGUACAACUGUGGAAAUCUACAAUACUACUGCCAGUGUGCACUUUUAGAUUGUUUUAAAAAGCAAGUUAUUAAAAGCUGCCUCUGUGUUAUAUGUACAUGCUUUGAUAAUGCAGAAAGAUUUGAUGCUUUGAGGUACAGUGGUGCAUUUAAUCAGUAACUUAAUGCAGUUUGUUACUGCAGUGUGGUGACUGCUACAUUUAUGGAAAAAAAUGGUAUGCCAAUAAUAUUUUUAUUCAGAUUUAAUGCUUCUGUGAGUCAUACUUGACACAUUAUUUUUCAACAUAGGCAUAAAAAUUCUCAUUUAAUACUUAUAUUUUCAAUGUAAAUGUAUUUUUCUAUAUGCACAACGUAACUUGGGUGCUGCUGCAGGGUAAAAGUUGGAAUGUAAGCACACAAUUGUCAGCUUG